UAUUUUUACCAUUAUUCCCGACGAGUACCGCGAAUCGAUUGCUCAUGCAAUCAGUUCUAAAGCUGCAAUGUCCAAUUCGAAAGUACUAACAGAUAUCAAGCGCCUGUUACUCAAAUCCUUGGGCUACGAUUUCGAUAUCGUCGAUCAGAGGAUUUCAACCCUUACCGCACCAGGAGAACACUAUGGAUCGGUGAUGCUGGCUCUGGAUUUGAUAGUAAUGAAGACAAACGAGAAGAAAGAAACAGAAUCUUUAAGUUUAGUGGCGAAGCUUUUACCUAAAAGCGAGUUGCUGAGAAUAGCGUUUGAUGUGGAAGUAACAUUCAAAAAAGAAGUCCUAGCUUACACUGAAGCUAUGCCGGCAAUCGUGGAUUUCCAAAAGGAGUUCGGAGUGCCACAGGAACGAUGCUUCGACACACUCUUUCCUAAAUGCUACGGAGCUAGGGUGAGCCUGGACGAGAACAGCAACAGAGUUGACGAAGGUGCAGUACUUAUUUUCGAAAAUCUCAAAACGAAGGGUUUUUACACUGAAGACAGGCUAAAGGGGUUCGAUUUUGAUGCCGCCAAGAUUGUUCUGGAAGAUUUAGCCAAUUUUCACGCUUCUACCAUCGCUUUGAAAAUUAUCAGACCGAAAGUUUUCGAUGAAAAAAUCAGACCCUGCCUUGUGAAGAACGGGGGAAUGGAAAGAUGGCCUGAAAAAGUUCAGCGAGCUUUUAAUGAUUCCAUAAUGGAGGGUGCAAGGGAAGCACUACUUCCAGAAUCAUACCAAGAAAAACUGCAGUACGUUUGUAACUAUGCUGCGUCACACCCUCCGGUUAAUCGACCGACUCCAAAUGAACCCUGGGGUGCUCUAUGCCAUAUGGACUUUUGGACAAGCAAUACCAUGCUGUUGAGGAAUGACAAAGACGCUCCUAUAAAAAGUAAAAUUGUAGAUCUGCAGCUUAUUACAUAUGAAAGUUGCGUUCGGGACUUGGUAUUUUUUCUUUACACCAGCGUGAAGAACGAGGUUUUGGAAAAACAUUUCGACGACUUUUUGAAAAUAUACCACGAGAGGUUUUUGAUGAUCCUAAAAGAUUUUGAUUUUGAUUUGGCACCUUUCUCUUGGGAAUUCUUUCAAAAGGAACUCGACGAAGUGGCGAAAACUGAAAUCUUCCACAUCCUGAUGAUGUUGAAGCCCAUCUGCACCGAGAAAGAUAAAGUGCAGAAUAGCGCAGAGAAUUUUCAGGAUUCCGAUUGGACCAGAAAGGAUUUACUGGGGCCCAAUCAUAGGCGAAAGUUGAGAGAUACGGUUUUGGCCCUCGUUAAAAGAGGAUGGUUGUGAAAAAAUGUGUUGAAUAUAUUCGUAAAAUACAUUUAUAAAGCACCA